AGAAAACGCAACGCAACGCAACGCUUUAAUUCACGAAGCGCUUGCGUCAGUUAAACUCCGCUGCGUGCGGACGCUGUUCUAUGCUUACGCUUUUAGCGUACUGCCCACUCUUCUCCAGAGGGCCUUUUUAUCAGAAGGUCUAGGCUGGGUGUCGCAGCUGUUGCAGUCAUGGCCAAACGCAGAAUAAUACAGGAGACCUUUGAUGCAGUGGUCAGAGAAAACAUUGAGGAGUUUGACAUGGAGGGAAGCGAAGCUUUGAAGGAGGCCAUUGAGCAGUUUGAAUCUCAGGGUGUGGAUCUCAGCAACAUUGUUAAAGCGGUGCCCAAAGUUUCUUCUGAAGAAAACGCAGAGGAUCAGACCCAUGAGGUUCUUCAGGCUUUGGAGUCUCUCAAAACUGCAGUGGCCUCAUCGUCCGCAUCUGUUCUGGAGGAUCUGAGAGUCUUCACCCAGCAGUGCUCUCUCGGCUUCGCACAGCGAUACCUGGCCGCUCAAAAAGAAGCGUAUCCCACGAUCCUCGCCUGCUGCCAGAGAGCCGCUGGACAGAAGGAAACCCUUUCCGUCGCUCUGGCUGCACUCUCGGCGCUAACAGACGGCCAGCCGGAUCUGCUGGAUGUGGAAGGGCGAGAGUUUUUGAUAGGCGCUUUAACCGCGCACCAGACGGACGCCGCUCUCAGCUGUCUGUGUAUCCGUGUGGUGCGACACUGCUGUCUGAAACACGAGAGCAACCGGCAGGAUCUGGUGAAGGCAGGCAUGCUGCCACUGCUCACCGCCAGCAUCACACGCCACAUCAAGCACCCCGAGGUCGUGAGGGAGGCCUGUGUCGCACUGAGGGUCAUGACCUUUGAUGAUGAUGUGCGUGUGCCCUUCGGACACGCCCAUGAACACGCCAAGAUGAUUGUGUUGGAGCACAACGGACUGAAAAUCAUCGUUGAAGCUGCUAAAGCUCAUCCAGAGAGCACAGCAGUGCUCAGUGAACUCUGUGCCACUCUGUCCCGUCUGGCCGUGAGAAACGAGUUUUGUCAGGACAUCGUAGACCUCGGGGGGCUGAAUUUCAUAAUCUCACUCCUGGCUGACAGUCUGGAUUUUCAGGAGCUUGUGAAGCAGGUGCUCAGCGCACUGAAGGCCAUCGCAGGAAAUGAUGAUGUUAAAGAUGCCAUUGUGAAUGCCGGAGGGGCGGAGCUUAUCGUCAUGGCGAUGAACCGUCACAUGGCCAAUGCACAGGUGUGUGAGCACGGAUGUGCGGCGCUCUGUGUUCUCGCUCUACGCAAACCCAACAACUGUAAAGUCAUCAUGGAGUGUGGCGGAGCGCUGGCGGCCCUGCAGGCCAUGAAGACUCAUCCGGCUGAAGUUAAUGUGCAGAAACAGUCCUGCAUGCUGUUGAGGAACCUGGUGGCCCGCACACGAGACUUCAGCCAGCUCAUCCUGGAGAUGGGAGCCGAGGCGCUGAUCUCGCAGGCUUUGGCGGCUCACAGGGACUGCGGCGACGUGGGUCGAGCCGCUCUCAGAGACCUCGGCUGCCAGGUGGAACUACGAGAACUCUGGACGGGCAAGAAGGGAAGCCUGAGUCACUGAUGAAUGUCUGUAAACUCAAAACAAUCACGAUUAAAUCAUACCACAGCAUGUCCUAACUGUGGAGCUUAUACUAAAUGUAUGUGAUCAAACAUCUUCCGGUAGAAUCGAAGUGCAUCUGACGUCCACGUGUAUAGGAUGCAUUACAGGUUACAGUGUAGAUGUGUUUGUUUUGUGGUUUAAACAUUUUAUUGCCACUAUUUAUAGUUUAUAUGAGGUUUUUUACCCACGAAUGACCACUGUGCUUGGUCUGGAUUCAUUUGAGCUGAUGCUGACAGCGAGAAUAAAGUGUACUUAAAUCAGAAGUGCAUUGCUGGAUUUAAAUUUAAUCAUAUAUUUAAUCUAAAGACCAUCACCCUGCUUGUUGUAUGUGCAUUCACUGCAGUACAUUUCAUGCUUAUUUUUAACAUUCCAAAGUGUUUUUUGUUUUUUUUUAAUUAAUGUGAAUACCCUUCAUGCACAAGGUGAGCCAAAAUAUGAGUCACAAGUGUUCUCUGUGUUGCAAUAUUAGCUGAAGCUCUGAUUAAAUCCGCUCUGUACUGGAACUGAUAGUGUUUGUGAUUAAAUCAAGCAGCUC